CUGGAAAAAACAAAAAACCAAGAAAGAUUGAUGCAACGUUGUCCCCACCACGAACUCGUCCAUACCUGCUUGUAUCUUACUCAUUCAACAUCAUCACCAUUCAAAAUUUUCAUUAUUAUUUUGAUACAAUCAACAUCAGUUCUCACUCUACACUGACACAUGCAGUACAACCACAGCCAGUGAGUUAUCCGAGAAUUUCUACUGCUUUAUUACUACUGUAGUAGAACCAAGAAUCUGCAAUUGAAAAGUCACCCGCCGGCGCGGCACCUGAGAAAAUUCUUCCAAGGAUCGGCAUCCCGCAUUUGAAUCUGCGCAUACAUGCGAAUCUGUCCGUGUAUCAUCCCAAAUAAACAGCCCCUUUUCGAGAUUAUUUAUCGUUUUGCUGGUUUUUGAAGUCAAACAAAAGCCGCUUUUAAGGUUUCGGUGUGUUCUGUAUUAUUACGCUAAUACGCGUUUUCAAGACCCAGUCUUUGGUAUUUAUUUUGCACGCAAUCGGGCUGGAAUACUCUUUUCAGACCCUUAUCUCUUUCACCGCGCAAUUUGCUACUGUAUUCUUUCAUUAUUUUAAAAAUUUUCAACUUCGCUAUUCAACUUUUGGGGUUCUCUGAGUUUGUGGGCUCGGCUGAGUCAGCUCGGGUAGGUGAUUGCAGGAUUUUUUUUCAAGAAUCUUGUUCUACGUUGGAUUGAUUACGUUUCUUGUUGGAAAAAUUCGUGGGCUGGUUCUCGUUUGUGUUGAAAUGAAUGAGUUUUGGAGAUCUCGAAGUCGUCUCGCGGCGGCAUUUUCUGUUUUCUGCCUUUAUUUGCUGAACUUGAGUUCUUGUUGGUCUCUCAAUGAUGAAGGUGCGGCGUUGCUGAGGUUUAAAGAAAGGAUUUUGAGUGAUCCUCAUGGAGCUCUGUCGAAUUGGAUUGAUGAAGUAGGAGUGGAGAGUCCUUGUUCUUGGUUUGGAGUUGAGUGUUCAGAAGGAUAUGUUGUUGUUUUGAACCUCAAAGAUCUCUGCUUGAGGGGUACUCUGGCUCCUGAUAUUGGGAACUUAAAUCACAUGAAAUCUAUAAUUUUGCGCAACAAUUCUUUUUCCGGUGUCAUCCCUGAAGAGAUUGCAAGUUUAAAAGACUUGGAGCUGUUAGAUGUUGGAUAUAAUAACUUUAGUGGGCCUCUUCCAUGCCAUCUGGACAAAAAUUUCUCAACAAUGAUCCUUCUGCUGGACAACAAUGAGCUUCUUAGCAUGCAUCCUGAAAUUUAUGAACUUGAAAAGCUAUCUGAAGUUCAAGUGAAGGAGGACCUAUUAUCCAGACACCGACUGGCAUCAUCUUGUAAUCGCCUAGUAAUCUCAUGCAAUUCAAGGGAAACAAGAACCUUAGCAGGAAGAAAGAUGUUACAAGAAGCCCCAGUUAAGAGAAUACCAGCCUUCCCGUUUCUUCCUCCACCACAACCCUCACGAAGAAGAAUUCCAUCUCCAGCUCCAUUAUUCCCAUCACCGUCUACUCCAACUCCAGUGCCACUUCCCUCUCCAGCUCCGCUUCCAUCUCCAUCUCCAUCUCCAUCUCCUGGGCCAUCAGCACCACCCUCUUCUCCUUCUCCCAUUAACCGUACUUCUCCACGUCCACUUCUUACUCCAGCAGAAAGGCCUAAUGCACCAACAAAUAGUUCCCGGAGGACUCACAAAAUCAUACUAUCUGCAGCCAUAGGUGGUCCUAUACUGCUUCUACUUUUGAUCAUUGGAAUUUUCUUUUAUCGAAGCGGUAAGGUUGCUACUGUCAAACCCUGGGCUACUGGAUUAAGUGGACAGCUGCAGAGAGCAUUUGUAACUGGUGUCCCAAAGCUCAAGAGAUCCGAACUUGAGGCUGCUUGUGAAGAUUUUAGUAAUGUGAUUGGUUCUCCAUCGUUUUGUACUUUAUAUAAGGGUACAUUGUCCAGCGGAGUUGAGAUAGCAGUUGCAUCUAUUGCAGUGGCAUCUUCAAAGGACUGGUCAAGUAAUCUGGAAGCCCAGUUCAGGAAGAAGAUUGACACGUUAUCCAAAGUGAAUCACAAGAAUUUCGUCAGCCUCCUUGGUUAUUGUGAGGAAGAAGAACCUUUCACCAGGAUGAUGGUUUUUGAGUAUGCUCCCAACGGAACUCUCUUUGAGCAUCUACACAUAAGAGAAGCUGAGCACUUGGACUGGGCAAUGCGGCUGAGAGUAGCAAUGGGAAUUGCAUACUGUCUCGAACACAUGCACCAGCUGACACCAACAUUAGCCCACAGAAACUUGACUUCCUCGACCGUUUAUCUGACUGAAGAUUACGCUGCCAAAAUUUCUGACUUUGUCUUCUGGGACGAAGGCGCUGCAGCUGAGAGACAACCUAGUCCCCAAAGUAAUAUCUAUAGCUUUGGUGUCAUGAUGUUCGAGAUGAUAACCGGUAAGCUCCCAUACUCAGCAGGCAGUGACUCGUCUGAAGACUGGGCCUCGGAUUAUCUUAGAGGAGGACAACCUCUUAGGGAAAUGGUCGACCCGACUCUAAGAACGUACCAAGAAGAUCAACUUCAACAGAUUGGUGCUGUGAUCAAGACGUGUGUCAACCCCAACCCCAGACAAAGACCGACAAUGCGAGAAGUUUGUGCGCACUUGAGAGAGAUAACAGGGAUCGGACCUGACGGAGCCAUCCCGAAAUUGUCACCACUUUGGUGGGCAGAACUUGAGAUUCUUUCAACUGAGGCUAGCUAAAUGAAUGAAGUUGAAAAUGUAAUUAUGAGAGCUUUGUUUCUGACUUGUAUUUCAUGUAUUUGGAGGAAAUUUGUGGGUGCUUGUUAGUGUGUGUGAAGGCAUGGGAGGUGUAUAUACAGAGGGCUGGGGAUAAAUGUGGUGAAUAUAUUCUGAUGUUGCCUUAUUUUUGGUAUAAUAUGUAAAUUAAAAUGGGGAGCCAGAUGUUCUCGAAAAUUUUCCAAAGAGGAAAAGGCUGAUUGAGGCUCA